AUGUCUGAUCGCGAGCCAAAGAAUUGGCAAAGGAAGUUGAAGGAAGAACGGCACGUCCACUUUGUUGACAUCAUGGACGAGUCACGCCGAGCGCCACCCUUCGACCAUUUCCCCAUCACGCCUUCAAGACGUGGUGGACCCAUUAGGCGCCUACUAUUCAAGGUUAUACCUUGUUAUUCGGAUCGAGAGAUCAAGUAUCUGUACGAAGAGAAAGAGGCAGAACCACCAAUAAGAAAGAUGAUUGGUGAAGAUCAGAAGAAGGGAAUGAAGAAGAGGAAAAAUGAGAAGGAGAAUAAAAACAUCAAGACGAAAGAAGACAAGAUAGCGAAGGAUAAGAUUGAAUCUGAGAAGAAGGUCAAAGAUGUGACCGAGAAUGAGAAGAAAGGCACUGCGCAGACCAGGCGCACAAAAACCUCUUCAUCUUUAAGGCCAUCUUCAUCAGCAGAGGGACCUCAAAGAAAGCCCAAGGCAAAUAAACACAGGAAGCGUGCUCAGAGCGCUUCUCAGAGACGCUCCGUGUUGCCUUUGGGUAAGUGCCGCCCUCUCCCGCCUAUACCAAGGAAAGCAAGCAAGAAACAAAAAACUGUCCUUCCGGAAGAUUCUCAACGAACAAGCGAGAAAAUUGAGAAGCAGCUGGCGAAGUCGCCACAGGUGUCUGAGGUAACAUCUCCAAGAUACCCACCGACGGCAGCCAGAGAAAGACGCCGUAAUUCAACCGAGUCCAUCUGGAGACAAAUGAGAUACCAGCAGCAAAAGAUCGGCUUUAUUCUCCGUGAUAAGGCCAAGGCAAGACGACUAGCUGAGCUAGCUAAAGUUCGAAAGAAUGGCACAAGUAAGGAUGGAGUGGUAACCAAACUUGUUGCUCAACCAAUGGUCCAUGUUGCUCAACAAAUGGCUCAAGUUGCUCAACAAAUGGCCCAAGUUGAGUCCAGAAUGAGCUGUGCAAGUGCAAAGAUGAAUCAAAGAGAUGAAAUACUGGAUCACAUUGAACUCCUUGAGCGCAACGCGUGCGCACAAGACGACAUGCUCAUCUCAAUCAACGAACUCCUUGGACUACAAUGUAUUCUCUCUGCUGAAGACUUUCUCCUACACAAAGAAUUGCUUUUAUUAGCAGCAGACACGGACGUAAUCAGUGGCAGGGAUGGACCAUCAAUGAGCUCCACACAUGAGGACAAAAACAGCAACACAGACGAACUUUCAGACUGGGAAGACCUGAUUUCUAUCUCAUCUGAAAGUGUCUCAGAGCAAACCACCUACUCUUUGGGGAGAAAAUCCACUAAGAAGACUUACUCGAGAUAUGCCAAGGCACAAAAGACGACAUACAAGAGGAAGUCAUAUCUAGUUGCACAAAAGAGUGACUCUGAAAGUAGCAACAGUGACGAUACUUGCAGUUCUGUCCAGGAACAAAGUGAGAUUGAACUGUUCCCAAUAACUAAAAGAAGUACAUCAACUGGGAAGAAACACAAGAAAAGGAAGUCGAAAAAGCAAAACAAGCUGCAUGUGAAGCUGUCAGAAGAUAUGAGCCGAACUCCUGCCAAGAAGGUUAUCAGUGAUAUUUCCGAUACAGACAGCAACCUGAGCAGUGACGACACUAACCGGUACCAAUCGGUUAAAAACGGAAACACAGACAAGAGGAGGUCAUACACGGUUGAACACAAGAGUGAUUACUCUGACAGUGGCAAAAAUUAUGAAGAAAGCAUAAUGGGACAAAGUGAAACUGAACUUGUGCCAGUUAUUAAAAGAAGUUCAACAACUAAGAAGGACAAGAAACGCAAGAAGAGGAAGUCAAAACAACAAAUAACCAAGCUGCAUGAGAAGUCUCCAGAAGAAGAUAGCCAAACUCAAGCCAAGCAGGUUAUCAGUGACGUUUCAGAUACGGACAAUAGCCUUAACAAUGACGACACUUACCCAGCAGUAAACAAGGGGAACACACCGGGUGCAAGAAACAAGAGGAAGACUAAAGGCCGUCAACUUAUGACCAUUGAGACCCUUUCCUCGGAAUCAGAGUCCAAUCUUCAGACGUUGACCAUUGACAGCAACCUUAACAAUGACGACACUAAGGGAAACGCAUCGAGUCCAGGAGACAAUAAGACCAAAAGCCAUCAACGCAAGAGAAAACCAUCGAGAAAGAUGACUGUUGAAAUCUCUUCCUCGGAAUCAGAGUCAAAUCUUCAAACUUUGAACAUUGACAGCAACCUUAACAAUGACGACACAUACCCACCAACAAAUAACGAGUACGCACCGAGUCCAAGAAACAAGAAGAUUAAAGGCCGCCAACUCAAUGGAAAACCAGCAAAAAUUAUGCCUGUUGAAAUCUCUUCCUCAGAAUCAACUGAGUUCAAUCUCCAGACCUUGAACAUUGAUGCAUCACCUGAUGAUGAAGCAGAACAAAAGACACUUCAGCGAAAGAGAACUCCUAAAUGUAGUACUCGAAAUCUAUCUGAAGAUGACACACCAGUACACACUGUGCUUCGUUCCCCAGAAUCUGCUGGAAGCAGUUCUGGUAGAUCUAAGAAUCGAGACCACAGACGUAAAAGGUCUUCGUCACAACCAGAGCGACUUGAGGAUGUGCCUGAACGUGCACAACCAUCCACAUCUAAUGUGGAUGAAGGGUGCACUUCCCCUGUCAAACAUGUGAGCGGUCGAAUGAGGCAUGCCCAUAAGUACACGAAGUCCCGAGAGCCGAAAUGUCUUGCGUUAAGUGAUGACGAAGAAAAAGACCAACUCGCAGUGAACAUAGCAGCAGCACCUGCUCCAGAAUCAACGACACCCUCUAUGAAGGAGGAGACACUUAUCUGCGGCAAGUCUACAAUAAAACAGAAGAAACAAAACAAGACAAAAAGAUCUUCAGAACCAAAAACAACCUCAUUAACAAGUGAGAAUUUUGAUAACUCCGAAAACGAUUUCAUGUCGCCAAAUAGUGUGAUUGUGUCAACUCCUACCAUUGAGGAAGCUGCCUUGACUACCAUGCCAAUGAAGACCCAAAAUACACAUCCACGAAUGACAAAGCAGUACAAGGAAUCUGAGGUUGCACCACCAAGCAACUCUGAAGAACCCAAAUGUCCCACUGUGCCAACAGCUCAGACUGAAAACACAAUCUCAAACAAACCUUCGAGAAGGCCAAAGAGAAAUGCAAACAACAGGAACCGUAUUAAGUCAGCUCUUCCAACAGAUGAUCAGGACGAUCAUCAAACCAAUGAAGCAUCUCUGACCACUCAACAAACACAUGUGGAUGACAAAUCCACGAUUCCUAAGAAGUCAGAUCCUAAGAAGCUUCACUGGUUAGAUAGUGACACCGGGAGCGACACUGACAUGUCUACAAAGAGACAAAACAUCGAAAAAGAACUGAAGUUAAAGAAAAGCAUGAGUGUGAACAGGGAACGAGAACUAUCACAGAAGUCUGAGAUAUCAUCUGAAAACCCAAGGGUCGACGAUCUUAGUGAAAAACAGACCAAACUCACAACAACUCAGAAAACGAGUAGCAACUCACCAGGCGUCAAGAGCAGACGAAAUGAACGCGAAGUUUCGAAUCAAGACGUCAUCCUAUCGAGCACUCCUGACAUGGUCCAUGGUGCAGCCCAAAGAAAAGAAAAGAGAAAAACUCAAAAGGGGGAAACACCAGUAAUCACUGUGGCUCCCAUCAACAAUAAAGAGUUACUGACAAAGAGUCAGGGGCGUCUUGAUUGUGUUGCACUUAACCAUGAGAUCAUCAAGGUGCAAGGGCCACAUAGUCCCCCAGAGGAGGAAGAAUCUACAAGUGACGAAGACUGUGGGUUCAUGACUACAGCAUUUCCCGUGAAAAAUACUGAUACUGACCCAAUCAAUGACAACCCACAGACGGAACAAAACGUCAAUGAGGUCAGCGAUGUGCCGAAUCUAACUACAGAGCGCAAUGAACUUCAGGGAAAUGAAAUUGCCUCUUCAUCAAAGGACAGUGAAGGGGAAAGUGAGAAAAGAGACAAGAAGUCCAAAAGAUCAUCCUCUGUCUGGAAGAAAUUACAACACAACAAGAUAAUGUUUAAGAAGAAUAAGCUUAGUAAACAUUCAACCGAUUUGGAGAAAGCAUCGGCCAAGAGCGAGCUGAAGCGUGCCAGUGAAAUGCAGAUGAGAGACACUGUGAUUGAUGCUGAAGCAACAAGAGAGAUGUGCAGAGACGUCGAGAGGCAGGGUAAGGAAGAAGAAGACACGACUUCUCAACCCUCUGAUAACAGCACAACAUCAAAACACAAGGAGCAUCAUAAGAAAAUUAAAACACCAAAGAUGCUGAAGAAAAUUUCAAAGCAGCAAGGUCUGUUCAAAAAGAAGAACAAACAAAAGCCAGCAAAUGAUGUUGAGAACCCUUUACUAGAAGGAGGGAAUUCUCAAUAUGUUCAAGACGGAUCUAUUGAACCGGAAACGAUCAGCGACCUCUGUCAAGGAUCUGGAUCCGAGGGAUCCAAAAAACAUCAUAAGAAACGCAAAACACCAAAGGCGUUGAAGAAAAUAGCAAAACAUGGACUGUUCAAAACUAAAAGCCAGAAAGCAGUCGAGCCGUCCAGCGGAACGGAGAAGUCUAAACAAGAUGAUGAACCUCAUUCCUUUGAUGCUGGACAAUCUUCCCAAAAAGCUAACAACAACUUGUGCCAAGCAACUACCUCGUCUCAAAUAGGAGAUGGCACGGAGAAUACAGGGGUCGAAGAAGACAACUACACACAAAAUGACCUUGAAACUACUGAUGCCAGUGAGGCCAUACAACGUCGCAAGUCAAUGUCAAAAUGGAAAAAAUUCAAACAUGACCAAGGUCUCUACAAAAAGCAAAAGAACCGAAACGUCAAAUUCUCAGGGGAACAGCAAGAAACAUUAAACCACGCUCUUGGUGGCGUGAGAGACAACAACUCUGUCUAUAAAGAAUUGAUGAAGAGGAGAGAAGAGGCCAGAAAACAAAAAGAAAAGGACAAGGGGCUUAAGAAAGACCUUAAGAAAACCAAGAAACAGAAACAUGUACUGGCAGAUGAUAGUGCACGAGAUCAAUCCACAACCUCCUCAUCACACGGCAAGAAGAGUAAACUUGCCAACCUUCUGAGAGGAAAGAAAGACCAUAAAAUUCAGACAACCCAGAUUGUGCCUCAGACAUCAGAGAUGAAAGAAAAUGAAAGUCCAGUGGGUCUGGCGAGCUGCAGAAAUGGAGCACCUACCGCUGUGAAUCCCGACCUGGAGCUUGUGGGAGGGGAAACUAUAAGAGAGGGCAACUUCAUGACUGCAAAUCACACUUCACACUUAGUGAGACCAUCAAAGACAUCAACAGCGGCAGCAGAUGAGAACCAAGAGGCUGAAGUGACUGAUGGUUGGUGUGAUCCCACACAGAACAAACUCAAACUUUCAAACGACGUCAAGGAAAAGAAGAACGACGACCAAACUGGGAGAAUUUCUCGCCGUCAUUGUGAUACGGCUUCUGGAGUAAGGAGUUUCAACCCAGUCGAGGACAAUGACGUUUCUGGUACAGGCCGUGACUCUAACAAGAUCCCUACCACACAAAAUGGACAUACUCAAGGAGUUCUUCCUGCUCGAUUUGAUAACUCAUACAAGCUGCCAGCAAAGAAGUCAAACUCAUCUCAACGUGACGAGGACGGCGCCGUAAGUGGUCAAAGUCAACAACGAAAGCAGAUUAUGUCUCAGAUCCUACAAGAACUCGAUGAUACUUCAUCUCAGUCUGACAGAGAACAGGAAGCCCUCAUCAUUGACACACCAACACAAAAAGUGACAGAGAAAAAGACGAGCAAAUCAGAGAGAAGCUGCACUGUUGACAUCAUCAAUGAAAUAACAUCGCCAAUACCUUCUCGACAGGUCAAAUUGCUACCACAAGCCCAAGUUGAAGAAAGUGACGAUGAUGUGAUUCCGAACUUACAACGUCAUCAGUCAAAGACUGAAGGCUCUUCCCCUCCCGUCGUAGAGGUCAGAGCUGCGGUCGAGUAUAAUGAGGAGGCCGGGGAUAAUGAGAAGAGCGAGUCUUGCGAUGACAUGAUUAACCACAUUAUUAUAAAGCCUCAAAUUGACAAUUCCGAACACAAACCUGAUUACAACUCAUGGGAUGACGAGUCAGAGGAAGAGACAACCAAUCAAGCAAGACAAGACAACUCACCAAACGUGCCCAGAUCACCAGACAUAGAAUUCUUAGACGAGCUGCUGGACGAGCUCUCGCCAUCCAGCAAGAAGCACGGUACAACUCGACAAGCUGACAGCAAAUCAAGACAAGUGGCUAGAACAGACAACCCAACUAAGAAGACAAAGGGGUUGAAUGUCAUCGCAGCAGAUCAGAAGUCCGAUGACGUAAGUUUGACCCAACAUGCCGAGAAUGCUCCAGAAGAUCAGAACUGUGUGAAUGAGUUAGACGUCAUUGAACAGAUGCUUUCUACGUCUGCAGGCAAGGACGAUUUUGAUAUUUUUGACAUUGUGGACAGAAUGCCAAAAUCUAAGACCAAGCUUGUGAUGUUGACCACACUUCUUGAAAGCUCACAAGAGCAGACAUCUGAAGAUGAUUCCUCAAAUUCAGGCCAACUGAGUUUGAAUGUGGUGUCUGCUAACAAACACAACGAUGAGCCACUUCAUGGAGAAAACAUGAUCAAGCAAUCUCAAUCGAAUGGAAACAUCAAAGGAACUACAUCACCCAAAGCAGAAUCUGAUGUGUCAUACAAUAGCAAACAAGCAUCUUUUACAUCUCGGGAAGAGGAUUCUGCGAUGUCUCUGGAUGACAAUGUGCAAGGAAGAGAGGUCGUUAAGAAAGAGUCGCAGAAAAUCUUAGACUCAGUGAGAAGCCAAGAGAUGGUGUACAGCCCGGGAAAGAAAGAGGAGAUUGAUAAGCAACCAAUACCGAGAGAAGGUAGAUCACCUUUGGUGAUCGUGGAGUCCAAGAAACCAGUAGAUGAAAAACCUAUUGAUACUGAAACACACACCGCGAUGUCAACUCAAGAAAAACACAUUGCAGGAGGGAAGAUCAUUGUAAAUCCUGCAUGGGGGAUCAGUUCGCUCGAUGACUUUAAUCCUUCCAGUACCAGGAGGCAAGACGUAACCGUUGGUUCUGACAUUAGUGGUGAGGUUGAGAAGCAAUCACCCACUUCCAAUUUGAACAGGACCGAUGACGUAACUCGUGACGUGCCAAGAAGUCCAUCUUCGGAGUCUGAAAUUUACUCAGAUGGAGACUCGUCUGUGAGUUUAGACAUGACUCAGCAACCGGUCACUCCUGAAGAUAAAGAUGAGAACACAAGCAAGCCAAAUUUCUUGGACUAUCUCACUCAACUGAAGCUCGAAGAGUCUUUGAAAAAGGCUGGGAAACCAGUGACUGUCUCACCAUUCGAAAACUCUGAUGUUCCAAGUUAUCUUCGCACAGACUUCAAUCCAUCUCCCGAACAGAAACCGUUCAAAAGAUGGGAUCCAGCAGCCGCUCAAAAGACGAUGGAAAAGAUCUGCAGAUCUAAAAACAAAUCGAAGGAAACAUCAGCAGAGCCACGAUGGCUGAAGGAAGAUUUCCAUCCCGCUCCUGAGCAGAAACCAUUCAAGAAAUGGAAUCCAGUCGUAGCCCAAAAGACAAUGCAAAAGAUCUCCGGAAUAAAGACAACCACUGAGAAACCAGAGCCACGUUGGCUCAAGAAUGACUUCAAUCCAGCUCCGGAACAGAAACCAUUCAAGAGAUGGGAUCCCUCAGUAGCACAGAAUAAGAUGGAAAAGAUUGGUCUUUCUAAAAAGAAAUUUCCCGAACCCACAGAAGUGCCACGGUGGCUGCAGAAAGAUUUUAAUCCCGUCGAGAAUGGGCGAAAAGCUGAUGAUUGGAAAGUACCUGGAGCCAAGUCCGAUGUGCUGAGUUCAACCCCUGAUGAGAGCAAAGACUCAGCAGAAUACUGCUGGGACACUGAUUCUUCGAUGUCUCUUGAAGACAAGGUGCAAGGAAGAGAAGCCAUUAGGAAAGAGUCGCAGAAAAUCAUAGACUCAAUGAGAAGCCAAGAGAUGUUCCACAGCUCGGGAAAAGAGUCAUCUACCAAGUUAUCUACCUCUUCCACUUCCACAGCAGUCGACAAGGACAUCCCUCGUUUCUUGCGAGCAGAUUUUAACCCUGCCCCAGAGCAGAAACCUUUCAAGAGAUGGAAUUCUGCAGAAGCUAAAAAGAAACUCGACAAAAUUGGAGACCCGAACAAGAAGUUUCCAGAGAAUACUAAAGACGAAAAGCCAAUGUGGUUGAAGAAUGACUUCAAUCCAACCCGGAAAGAGACAAAACCAGGAGCAGCCACAAAUGAAACUGCUAAAGAUGCAUCAACGCCAAGGUGGCUUCAACCCAACUUUGAUCCAGCAGCUGAAGCUACGAGUGUGUCUGAGCCCAGCAAACGGACAACUCAUAACAUGCCUCCCACGGCACAGUUCCAGCACCCUGCUCUUGGACAACCAACCUAUCAACCCGACACUGACAUGUUUGAUAUCCACUCAGAAGCAUUACUUGACGAAACCCGUCACCAGCCACGAUUUAUCAGAGACAUCCAUGGUCAGCCCGCCGAUCCAGCUCGAAGAGAAAGAAGCUUAAUUGACAACCCGCCCCAACGUAUGCAGUCUGGAUUCCACAGUGUUCCUGGCCACGCACCAGCCUACCGACAAGGAGAACUGCAGAGUCAAGUCCAAGCUCUCGGUAAGUCAUCUAAUGUGCCAGCUUGGCUUCAGAGUAAGCCUCAACCACUACCAGAGACAACUCGGAACAUGCCACAGUUACCCGGUGUCUCUCCAAUUAGCACCCACAACACACACCAUGGAAUGGACAACUGUAAAACUGAUGUCAGACCAGGAAGGACAACAUUCAGGCAGUUUGCUCCACCUCCAAGACAGACGGACGGUCUCGAUGUCAUUUCUUCAGACAUGGAGUAUGAAGAGACUUACCCAUCGGGUUUGGGGAACUCUGAUCUACCCCGUCCCAGCUGGAUGAAGCCUGGUCUUGCCCCUGCCGGGAACGCGUGGCAAAACUCGGCCAAUGAGCGUCGUAUCUUAUUCAAUUCAAUAUCAAAGACGCAAGCAAGGUUUACGAACCGUAUUAUGUAG